AUGAGCGAAAUCACACUCGCCGGCUUCGAGGGACGGCCUGUCCACACGCUGCAACUGUGGCUUGCGCAUGGUCAGCGGAGACUAAUUAACAAUUCGCUAGUCAACACGGGCCUGUUCAUCAACAAUGAAUUCCAGCCUGCGACCGGAGGUGCUCAACUCGAGGUCGAGAAUCCCACCACUGGAACCCACCUUGUAACCGUAUCUGCCGCACAACGAGAGGAUAUCGAUAUCGCAGUCAGUGCGGCACAGGCAGCGCUAAAAGGUCCAUGGGGAACAGUGACCCCAGCCCAACGGGGCCAGUUGCUCAAUCGACUCGCAGACUUGGUCGAACGCGACGCGGAUGACCUGGCCAGCCUUGAGGCCCUUGAUGCAGGAGUGUUGUUCAGGGAGUCCAAGGCCCUUCACAUCCCCCAGGCUACAGAGACACUCAGAUACUUUGCUGGAUGGGCAGACAAGAUCGCUGGACAAUUGUUGAGCAUCCCACAGGGAUAUGCGUACACACGGAGAGAACCGCUCGGUGUCUGCGCUGCCGUUGUCCCAUGGAACGCGCCCUUAAUGAUCACAAUCUGGAAGCUCGCUCCUGCCAUCGCAGCUGGUAAUGCUUUGAUCAUCAAGACACCUGAGUUGGCGCCUCUGUAUGCCCAGAAACUCGCCGCUCUCGUGAAAGAGGCCGGGUUCCCAGCCGGCGCCAUCAGCAUUAUCUGUGGACUCGGCUCGGUUGCCGGACAGGCAUUGGCUGAGCACGGCGGAAUCAAAAAGAUUGCUUUCACUGGAAGCGCGCCCGUCGGUCGGGAGAUCCUGCGAGCCGCAGCGGGAUCGAACCUCAAGAAAGUGACUCUGGAGCUUGGAGGCAAGGGCCCCUCAAUUGUAUUUGGGGAUGCCAAUUUGGAAAAUGCCCUAUUCUGGACGUCGCUUGGUAUUACUGCCAACAACGGACAGGUCUGCGCAGCAGGUUCUCGCAUCUAUAUCCAUGCAAGCAUUUAUGAUAAAUUCCUCCUUGCCUUCGCUGAGAAGCUGGCAAACACAACUCCUGGCGAUCCCUUGUCGAACGAGACGACUAAGGGUCCAGUUAUCAGCAAGACACAGAGGGAUAAGAUUUCUGCGUAUAUUCGACAUGCGAAGGAAACCGGUCUUCGUCUGUUGGCUGGAGGAGAGGAUAUUGCGAAGGAUGGUCACUUUGUUCCGAAUGCUGCGUUUGCCGAUGUCCCUGAUGAUGCCCGCAUUAUGCAAGAGGAGAUCUUCGGUCCUGUCGCUUCAAUUGCCAAGUUUACCACCGAAUCCGAGGUCAUUGCGAAGGCCAAUGCCACCGAGUUUGGACUCAGCGCCGCCGUGUUCACUAACGACGUCAACCGGGCGCAACGCGUUUCUGCGGCCAUUGAGUGUGGUCAAGUCACGAUUAACUGCUGGGGUAUGUUGCACGCCAACACUCCCUUCGGUGGAGUGAAGCAGUCUGGGUUUGGUCGUGAUAUGGGCGAAGAAGCACUAGAUGGGUGGUUAAGCACUAAGACUGUCAAGUACUUGACCCUGCCAACAGAAGGUGAGAACUAG